CUUGGAGGUGGGUCGGAGCGUUCAUGGGGAUGCGUCCGCGUUCCCGCCACGAGUCAAGGCGUCAGUUCACAGCUGGUAGCAAACGGGGGCGCGGGGCCAAGAGAUCGGAUCGCCCCCCGCCAGGCCACGAGGGACAACCCAGACCACCUCCGGAAAAGCGCUCGAAGCCGGCUCUUGAUGGGCACUCUCACCUGAGCCCCGAAGCUCUGGGCUAUUUCCGCCAGGCGCUCUCGGCUCUGAAAGAGGCUCCCGAGACCGGGGAAGAACGAGAGCUAAUGGUGCAGAAUGUACUGAAGGAAGUGGAAGCUCAGGCCCUAGCCGUGGCCACCAACAGGAGUGGCAGUGAAAUACUACAAGAACUGUUGGGGUUCAGUCCAUUGAAACCUCUGUGUCGAGUAUGGGCUGCUCUGCGUCCCAAUUUGCGCUUUGUGGCCUGUCAUCGGUGCGGGGUGCAUGUGUUGCAAAGUGCUUUGCUGCAGCUGCCUCGAUUGCUGGGGAGCCCUGCAUUGGAGGAGGAGGAGGAAGAGGAGGAGGGUGAAAAGGAUGAUCCCUCGGAGACCCUGGAGGAGCUGGUCCUGGGACUAGCAGCUGAGGUGUGUGAUGACUUUCUUUUCUACUGUGGAGACACACAUGGCAGCUUCCUGGUGAGAACUCUGCUGCAGGUGUUAGGAGGCACUCUUCUGGAGUCUGAGAGAGCCAGGCCCCGUGGAUCCCAAUCAGCUGAGGUGCAAAGGGCUCCUGCUUGGGAAUGUAAGCCAAGUGAUUUUGAGGUCCCUGAAACCUUCUUGAAUCGCCUUCAGGACUUGAGUGCCUUCUUUCUGAAGGACAUUGCUGUGUUUAUCACUGAGAAAAUUUCCAGUUUCUGCCUUCAAGUGGCCUUACAGAUCUUACAUCGCAAACUGCCCCAGUUUUGUGCCCAUCUCUGCAGUGCUGUGAUUGGCUACCUGAGUACUCGCAAUUCCUCAGCAGAUGGCAGCCCUCUACUGCUGUUUUUGCGGGAUCAGACGAGCUCCAGACUCCUGGAGCAGGUGCUACUGGUGUUGGAGCCCCCGAGGCUCCAGAACCUCUUUGAGGAUCAUUUCAAGGGGCAGCUGCAAACCCUGGCUGCACAUCCCAUUGCCAACUACCCUUUGCAGCGCUUAUUGGAUGCUGUCACUACCCCUGAGCUGCUGUCCCCUAUAGUUGAGGAGCUGAGCCCUGCCCUGGAAGCUGUGCUGGCUCAGGGCCAUCCAGGAGUAGUCAUUGCCCUGGUGGGGGCCUGCCGCAGAGUUGGGGCCCACCAAGCCCAGGUCCUACAAUUGUUGUUAAAGGCAUUCCACUGUGCAGAGCCCUCCUCCCGGCAAGUGGCCUGUGUGCCUCUGUUUGCCACUUUGACGGCUUAUGAGGUGUACUAUGGCCUAGUGGAGGAGGAGGAGGCAGUGCCUGCAGAGCACCAGGUGGAAAUGGCUGCAGCUAGGCCUCUGGGGGAAGUGACAGUCCUUGGGUCUCUACUGCUCCAGCAUUUGAUGCACUUCUCUACCCCUGGUCCUGUGCUUCGAAGUAUAGGUGCCUUGACGGGGCCACAGCUCCUAGCUCUGGCCCAGAGUCCUUCUGGCUCCCACGUGCUUGAUGCUGUUCUGACCAGCCCCUCCGUGACCCACAAGCGACGUCGCCAUUUGCUGCAGACCCUAAAGGGACAAUAUGUGGCCCUGGCCUGUAGUUGCCAUGGCAGCCGUGUGCUCGAUGCCAUCUGGAGUGGAGCAGCACUGGGGGCCCGGAAGGAAAUUGCUGCUGAGCUGGGGGAGCGGAACCAAGAGCUGAUGAGAGACCCUUUUGGCCACCAUGUGGCUCGAAAUAUAGCCUUAACUACCUUCCUGAAGCGACGAGAGGCUUGGGAACAGCAGCAGGGGGCAGUGGCCAAGAGGAGGCGGAUCCUGACCUCGAUACUUGAAGACUGAAGCCUUUGGAUCUAGGAUUGAGUGUUGAUGGGCGAGGGGGGAAGGAGUAUCUAUUCCAUCUCUUUCCUGGUUU